AUGGCGAGCAUGAUUCGAACUGUAUUUUUCACACUAUUUUUUAGAAAGAUUGGCACGGAGAACGUGGGUUUCUUUUUUUCCAUUUAUGAAAAUCGCGCACUUAACACAGGAAGUAAUUUACUAAGAAGCUCAAGUGCGAAAGAUACAAUGCUGUGUGCUCGGGCCUGUGCAACACAAAUUAACUGUCAAACAGCAAUCUUUCAUUUUGAUGAAAACAAAUGCGAGCUUUAUGAGAAGCGAACAGAAGACAUUUUAAAGACAAUGGUAAAGUCAGAAGGUCACCAUUUGAUCACAAAGGUAAGGAUUGGAAUCAGCAAUCUGAAACAAGAAAUUAAAGCCAACAGUGCAAUCAAAAUGAGCGAUGGGCAGAUCAUUUAUAACUUAAAUGCAACUCAAAUACGAAUAUCUAGGGAUGGUUUUUCUUUCAAUCUUUUAAAACCUAAGAUGUCAAAAACCCUUGCAGAUAACACGAGUUUACAAAAGUAAAAAAAAAAAAAGCACUCACUCAUAUUAUUGUGUAUUAAUACACAUGCAUCGUUUUGAAAUGGUGUUUAACUUGCCAGUUCAAGAGAAAAUAAUCACAUCGCACUCCCUGUUUCUCUUCUUUAGGCUCCUAUUUAUAUUAAACAAAUUCGAUUCUGGCCUCAGUCCGAUUAUGCAUUCUAUUGUAGUGAUUUACUAGUUUUCAUAACAUAGAAAAUAUGCCUUUUUUUGCUGUGUUUCGGCUCAACAAUGUACUCUAUGUUCAGUGUAGCAUACUGUCGAUGAAAUUGACCAAACAGUUAAACUAAGAACGUUAUUGUUGAGAGAAAGUAUUUGUGAAAAGAUAUUCUGGGCUGAGUUGCUUUCAGCAUGUUAUGUCCGCAUGGAUUUUGUUCACAAUUCGUUCAGGUAAAUGAUUCAGAGUGGAAUUUGGAAUAAAUAAGCGCCACUUGUAGAUUUUCCUUAACCAUAAAAAAAAUUGUCGCGCGAACUCCUAGGGCGAAAACUUAUCUGUCCGAGAUUUCGCGAGAAAUUCUAGAAAUUACAAAAAAUUCCGUCCAUUUAAUUACUUGUGAAUAAUGUACAUCUAAUUGAAACCUUCGGCGCUGUUUAGCCAAUCUGCAUGCACGGAAAUCAGUGUUCAUCGGGUCUCAAACGACCCGCCUUUCACCGAUCCAACUUAAAUGAUAAAAAGAUGCUCGUGUCGAUGUAUUUUUCCAGUUUAUUACCAUGACAACUUCUAAAAUAGAAAAAAAACUUCACCAACCCCCCCCCCGCCCCCUCCAAGGGUCAAGGAAGAUUGUUUCAAGUUUAGUCGGCAGAUUGCAACUUUUUUUUUUUUUUAACUGAGUAGAAUCGUUUUAUCCACGCCGUUUCUGUAAAUGAAAUAACAAAACUGGUCAUAAUUCUACAUACAAAUUCAUUAGCAGGAAAGUAGAAAAACCUCUUAAUUUGUUCACCUGCACUUUGUGUCGAUCUCCCCAAGAUAAUUGUUUUGUCACUUUUCAAGUGUAAAUAUUUUCAUCUUUUCUCAGAGAUUUUUGUUUUAUCUAAUGGCAUCAAAAGGCAACUUACCACUGUCAAAAAUAUCACAGAAGGUAGUUAUUAACAAAUACAAGUGACUUUUCAUUGUGAUUCAGAUUGUGAUUUAUUGUCAUCAUGUUAUAUAAAGACGACCCUUUUUAAAUGACAAAGGCUCUGAAAUUUUUUAGAAAUGAAUCUUAAUAGAGCGUGUGAUGAUUCUUCUUAGAAAAUUACGUGCCACCGGUUGAAAAUCAAUUCUAUCUGUGAAAAAUUCAUUAAAAUUGGCUACAGCGAAGGGCGACUGCUGGGAACCUCAGUUGACAACCGAAUAACCGGUAAUUGUUUUUCUUGUCCGCGGACGCAAUAAAACAGUUUCCUCAAAAACUGAUAACCGCGCAUAAUAUUAACUUACUAAAGGCGUUUCCUGUGUUUGGAUGUUUUGUUAAGAUAAUUUUACGGGUACCCAUACAGAUCUUUACAUCUUUUCGAAAGUAAACUGACGAAUUCAGUUUUUCAAUAUUUCUCAACAAACACUGAGACGUUAAUCAAAGUAUUUUUUCAGGUUAAGACGGUCCACUCUCCAGGAGUGAUACAAGAUCCAACAAGUAAGUUUCGCGAAUUAAAUUAAACGAUGCUUAUGUUUGCAGUAUAUCAAGUAUACUUAUCGCUAAUAGAGGCUUUACACUUAAUUCAGUCGACAGUUGCUUUAACUUUUAUUCAGUCCAUGAUUCAGACUGAAAUGUGCAGUUCCCAUUCAGUUUUGAGUAGAAAUGUAUUGUGUAAAAGCUCACGGGUACCUUUACAUCUGGGGGGGAUCACCGGAUAUGUGCUAAGUUCAAAUAGAAAAAACGCAAAGUGGAUAAUAAAACAUACGUGUGCUGCGUUGAAUAAUCGUGUGAAAACUUCCUUGCUUACUCUUGGGAAAGAGCCAAUUCUAAAAUGUCAUGUCGUUGUUCAAAGAUCUCAACAACGGUAAGCGUUGUUUAGUCAUAAACGUAGUUUUAUUCUGAAUCUUUCUUGGCCAGAAAAUACCAGAUUUUGAGGAGAAGCCAAAGAACUUUUUUUUCAAAAGAAUUGAAAACAUUAUCAAUCAAAUUGGUUUAGUUUGUGUCACAUCCCACAAUGUCAUCAAGUUUCAAAGUCAGAUGACCUUAUGUGAGAAAAAUCAACAAUUAUUAAGUUUAUUAGGAUGACCGAAAGCUUUUUUGUAAUUAUCAUAGGAAACGUAGACAUAAAUAAAUAAACAAUAGUAAACAAAGGAAAAGCGAGCAAUGAAAAUAUCAUGACUAUUUUUGCUCCUCCUUGUAUGGAAUGUUAGUCCGUAGCAGUUUACCCCCCCCCCCAACCUAAUUCAUUUCACCAGCUUUCCCUUACAAAUCGCCGAGGCCCAACAUUAUGAUUAGCGGGGCAGGCCUCAAACCCCAACCUCUCCACCCAGCGUCCACUUCACUGACCAACAGGCCCGCGCGUUUAACCUAGUUUUUGGUUGUUUGACAAUUUCAGUUCCAAGUCCUGUGUUUAGCUGGCUUCACUUUACACCUCAGUGGUGUAGCCUUGCAGGAAGGUCUGGAGAAAGGCUCGCCACUGGAACAACAGCAGACGAGUGCAAAGAGCUGUGUAAAGGAAACUGUCUGGGGGUAGAGUGGUGGGAGGGAACUAAAUCCUGUUUUGAAUGUACAGAUCCUUCCAAGAAAGUCGUAUAUACCAGCACAAACGAUAAUGGCUACCCGCCUCAUGUGUUCCUAAAGAGUCAAAAUUCUUAA